CUACACGCCGCACAUAUAUACCUCCUCCCUCGUCCUCAACCUCCACGACCAACACGCCCGCCUGCUACAUAUUUGCCUCCUAUUAACCAACCGCCUAUAUCGACACCUGCACCAACGUACUUACCACCUUAUGGACAACAAGAUUCCAUCGCUGGAUCAUCAGUUACAUCAAAUGCAGAUGCUUCCUCGCAUUUUUCCAGUCCUUUAAGUAUUCCGACAACCGGUGUGAUAAAGUUAAGCGGGCCAGCCAGUUCAAGUUUUGCAACCGCUUCAAGUUCAGCCAGUGCGUCUAGUGGAACGUUCACUGGACAACAAAACUACCCAAGCCAACCUAUUGUCUCCAUCCUUGCUGCACCAAGCUACAGUCCUGCAAGUGAGAGUUAUCCUUCUCCCACGUCGGGGUAUCCUUCUGUAACAUCAGGCUAUCCCGCGGCUACUCCGGGAUAUCCCUCGGCAACACCAGGAUAUCGUUAACUCGACCACUGGCUAGUUGAAUACUGCUGAAGAUUAUUUGUCACUCAUUCCUUAUCCAUCUAUUUCACUAGAAUAUCUAAGUUAUCUUUAUCUGCGUUAAGUUGUUUAGUUUUAUGAAAACAUGUCAAACCAACAAUAUAAUAUAGGAGAUAUUUACUAAUAUCUAUUAACAUUUGGCGAUCGUAACACGUAUCUAUCAUUGACUUAACAAUAAGUAAUGCUUAUGAAAUUUAAGACACUUAUUUACAACUUUUAAUUAACAGCAUAACAAUAUUUUGACAUUAUUCAGUGAAGAUAUAUAACAACCAGCUUUUCUAGUACAUUCUGCUUAGUCCUAUUGCAGUUCUUAAAAUAUGCGUGUGACAGUUAUUCACUCAUAAAACGAGAUAAAUUUAUAUCCAGAAUUUGGAAAAAAAAGCAAAAUGUUAAAAACACAAUUAAAACAAAUAAGUUUUAUAUUAAUUUUAAUUUCUGUUUUCGAAGUAUUUACUGCAUUGUAAAGUAGUUUAAUUUUACAAUUUUGAAAAGUAUUAAUAGGGAGUUUUAUGUCAAAUUAUAUUAGCCAUUUUAACAUAUUUUUUACAAUCACCAAAGUAGUAUGUAAUGUAGUUUCAUAAUAGAUUUAUACACAAGCACACAAUAUU